AUGUCUGGUUCGACAAAUUAUUAUUCCGUCCUUGAUCGUAUUGAUAAAGAAUUAGCUGAUAAGAACGUCGAUGUUAAAAAUAUUUUACAUGAUGUUUAUGAAAGUCAAAUAACAUUUCUUAUUGAACAAAAACAACAUGAUAAAUCAAAAAGAUUAGCUGAUUUAUUCAAUCAAUUAAUUGACUUGUUAAUUGAUAGUUUAUAUUCAACAUCAAGUUCAGUUGAUGAUACUCAAAUCGACAGUAUAUUGAACAAAAUUAAAAGUGAUAUCAACACAUGGCGAGAAAAAUGGUCAACUUCUGUAGUGGAUGUGAAUCAAUUUGAAAAAGCUUUCGAUGAGCUUGUACGAGCUAUUGAAGAUGGUUUUUGCAUGAUGUCAAGAAUGUUUAAACAUGUCACAGCAAAAAUCCAAAAAGUUGAAAAAAAUAAUAAAGAUUUAAAAAAUCAAGUAGAAAAUUUAAUAUUAAUGGAACAGAAACGAACUCAAAAAGAAAAAUUAUUUGAAAAAAAAAAUCCUAAUUCGUGA